UUUAUUUUAAAUUCCACGUGUCGUCUGCUAGUUUGUUCUUAUUUUGCUAUUAAUAAUGGCAAAUAAUUAUAAAUUUAUUAUUAAAUAGUAUAAUUGAAUAAGAAUUUAAAAUUGUUUAUAAAAAAAAACUUAGGAGGAUAGAAGACAAAUUUCAAAUUAUUAUUUUUUGUGACAUGUACUUAUUGCAAAAAUCAAUAUCAAAAACCAUAUUUUAUAAAGCGAAGCGCUAUGUUGACCUUACAAUUCGGACAAUGUGGCAAUCAAUUAGGUUACAAUUUUUUUUCCCAAUUAUCGAAUGACAUAAAUUCUCGGGACAAAAUUUUGUCUCGUGAUGAUAAUUACAAUUAUACGGAAUCAGCAAUUGAAAAAUGGUUCGAAGGAAUAAAUAAAGAUGGAUAUCGUCUUGCAAGAACUGUUCUCAUUGAUACAGAAGCAAAAGUUUUAAAAAAUAUUUGUCGUCAAUCAAAUUUACAAUGGACAUAUCGAUCACAAAAUUUAAUUUGCCAAACAUCAGGUGGUUCUGCAAAUAAUUGGGCGUAUGGAUAUUUAAUAAAAGGACCACAAUUUAAGGAUGAUACACUCGAUGUUAUAAGAAAGGAAAUUGAACGAACCGAUCGUCUUGAAGGUAUGUUAUUUCUUCUGAGUUCUGCUGGUGGUACUGGAUCUGGUGUUGGAAGUUAUUUCAUUGAUAUUUUACGAGAAGAAUAUCCAACAAAAACAUUAAUUGCCACAACAAUUUUACCAUUUAGUUCCGGUGAAGUUGGAACACAAAAUUAUAAUACUCUGAUGACAAUGGCAAAAUUUAAUGAAAAAUGUGAUGUUAAUUUUCUUUUUGAAAAUGAACAAAUUCAUUCAAUUUGUACGAGUAUUUUAAAAAAUUUCGAUGCUAAUUUAAAUAAUAUUAAUGAUGUUAUUUCAAGAAAACUUGCCGCUAUUUUUCAGCCAUUGGAAAAUUAUAUUAAUGCCAAUUCACUUGUUUCAUUAAUAGCACCACAUCCUAAUUAUAAAUUGGCAUCAAUUAAAAGUGUUCCCUAUAUUCCAGCGAAUUCUUCAAUUUAUGAGUCUUCUUAUAAGUGGCAUUCACAUAUUUGUCAUUUGAGACAAACAUUAAGAAUAGGAUCAUUAAAUGAUAUAAUUGAUAUUGAAACAAAAAAAAUAUCACACGCUCCAUAUGAAAAAAGUUAUCAUAAAUAUUGUACAUCAAUUGCAAAUGUUUUAAUAACACGUGGUACAUCAUUGAAAAAUGAUCCAAUAGUUUGUGAUGAUUUUGAAAAAAAUGAUUUAUAUCCAAAAUGGAUGACGGAAACACGAUUUAUGCAUUUUAAUCAAAAACGUCGUCUUUUAAAUCAGGAAAAAUUUGCCGCUUUAAUAACAAAUAAUUCACAAAUUCAUCGAUCAUUGGAAAUUAUUGUUGAACGUGCAUGGAAAAUGUAUAUUCACGGUGCAUUUUUACAUCAAUAUAAAAAAUUUGGUUUAGAGGAAGAUGAUUUUCUUCAUUCAUUUGCCAAAGUUGAGAAUAUUGUGAAAAAUUAUAGAGAACUAGAAAAAUAAGUUGACAAAACUCAGGUAAAUUAUUUUAUAGUCAUUUGAAAGCUGUGAUUUUUAUUAGUCAUUUUUGUUUA